ACCUGAUACUUUACCUGCCUGAGCUCAGAGCAAGCAUCUCAUUACCUUUUCCAAUACAAUCUAUAACUGAGGCACAUUGUGUCCUGUAACCUCCAGCAGUCAAGGUGUUCCUCUGUUUUUGGAUCCGCUCAGAUAAAGACCAGGAGCCAUGGCUGUGGCUAACUUCCAAUACAUUACUCGGAUGAGCAGUGGAUUCAAGGUCUACAUUUUAGAGGGUCAGCCCCACCUCAGAAGCGAGGACAGAUUCAGACAUAUGACAAAUGACCGAGCCCGAGGUCCGGCUGUGUAUCCAGUCAAACGCAAGCGAAGCCACGAGAGAGGCCUCACUUUGGAGGAAAGGCGAGAACGGGCAAUAAGCAGAAGCGGUAAUAAAGUGGUACAGAGGGCAGCGCCGGCACCGGCGAUGUUCGGCGGCGGACAGAGUCCCACGUCUACCCAGAGUCCGACACCCAGCCCCACCAGCCCCCUGCCCGCAAAUGUGUACUACACACCAGUCAUGGACGAACCCCUCGCCCUCAUCAAGAAACCAAGGAAAGACCCAGAAAGCACAGUGGAGAAGACUAAAAGCACGACUACCGCUCAAACCCAGGUGCGUCCAUCUGUGAUCACUCGUGUGUCCUCGUUAAGAACUCCCUCCAGCAGACCUGAGCUCCACAGAAGCCACUCACCGGUGAUUUCCAAGUGCAACUACGACCGUGUCCUUGAGGAGCAUUUCCAGAGGAGCCUCGGAGUGAACUACCAAAAGGCUCGCUCCCAGCAGCUCUCCAUCAGCUUGUCCGUUGACGACCACUUUGCCAAGGCUUUGGGAGACAAGUGGCUGCAGAUUAGGCCCAAGUCGUCCUCCUGUUCUUCCACACCCCCCAGCAGUCCAAGUGUUACCCACUCCCCCACCUACAGCCACAGCCCACACCAGAGCCACAAAGAGUCCGCCAGCAGCUCAUCGCCGACUUCUGGCCGCUGGUGCGUCAAUUAAAGCGGAGUUGACCUUGGAUCCCGGUGCGAACCGGACUUUGUGACUUUUAACAUUUCACUGCGAACAGCUCUGCUUGUCCAUGCAAUGGAAAUGUCAGCGCUAGUGCUGAGAGAGUGAUCUAACAGAUGCGGGAGUGCUGUCACUUUGGACCUCUGUGUGUCCAGCCUAAAUACACAGUGACGCAGACCGAUGUAGCAUUAAUCCCUGUUUUGCUACAUUUCUAUCCUCUGCUUGUUGAUAGCAUCUGAAAGCCUGAGAUACUGUAGAUGGUGAUGUGGGAUGGUUGAAAAAUUCAGCCAGAUAAUCCUUUACAUUUCUUUAAUUUUGUGUCAUUCUCAUAAAGCGGCUGAAUGCCACAAUUUGAUUGUAUUGUAUUUAUAUUCUGAUGCAAAUGGGUUCCUUAUAGUCUAUAUGACUAACUUAUCUGCUGUAUAUUAUGCCUUUACGCAGUACACACGACAGACUUUUGAAAAGACUACGGGAAAAAUAAAAAUCUUAAAAAUCA